AUGGGUGGAAGAAGAGGCCUAAGACUUGGGCUUUGGGUAGAAGAAAAUAGCCUUAACCUAAAUUCACCAGUGGGAAAGCCCCAUGCAAACAACUGGCCAACAAGGUUGCACAGAAAAGUGCCCCCUCUACCGCUGGAUGAAAAAACCCCAUUGUUACAGUCCGGAACCAUUGCCCUUCGAGAAAUUCAUCUUUACCAGAAGUCAACAGAGCUUCUGAUCUGGAAGAUGCUUUUCCAGAGGUUGGUGAGGGAAAUCACCCAGGAUAUCAAAACUGACUUGAGGUUUCAGAAUGAGGCCACUGGUGUGCUGUAUGAGGCCAGUGAAGUGUACCUCAUGAGUUUGUUUGAAGAUACCAAUCUGUGUGCCAUCCAGGAUGAAUGUGAAGUGACUGUCCACAGACCUCAGUGA